AUGUCUUCACGGAACCAUUCGGUCAUCACCGAGUUCAUUCUUCUGGGAUUCGGAAACCUUCACAGCUUCAAAGUUGUCUUCUUUGUUAUGUUCUUAAUUAUUUUCCUCCUAACAGUAAUCGGAAAUAUCUUGAUCAUAGUAUUGAUUUGGUGUAGCAACCACCUUCAUUCACCCAUGUACUUCUUCCUCAGCCACCUUUCCAUUUGUGAUCUCCUACUCACAAUGAAUACGGUUCCCAACAUGCUUGGCUCAAUCUUGCUUGGUGCGAAAUUAAUAACUUUUCUUGACUGUAUGACCCAAUUGUAUUUUGUUAGUGGCACCACUGUUACAGAAUGUCUCCUGCUUUCAGUGAUGUCCUACGACCGAUAUCUUGCUAUAUGUAACCCCUUGCGUUAUUGUUCAAUCAUGGACCAAAGAUGUCAAAUCUGUCUGUCCGUCUUGCCUUGGCUGUUGGGUUUUCUGCUUAAUCUAAUAGGCAUCGUACUCGUAUCCAUGUUUCAGUUCUGUGAUAGCAACGCCAUCGAUCACUUCUAUUGUGACCUUUCCCCUCUCCAAAAACUUUCAUGCUCAGACACCUCUUCGGCAGAACUAGCCGUCUUCGUGUUUUCUACUCCUAUAUUUAUUUGUCCGUGCGGAUUUAUCAUUCUGACCUACAUAUAUAUCUUCAUGACAAUACUGAAGAUUCCAUCCACAAGACAGAAGGCCUUUUCGACCUGCAGCUCCCACCUCAUUGUUGUGGGGACAUUCUAUGGGACAUUAAUAAUUAAGUAUAUGAUACCAUCUAUAGGUCAUUCAUUACUUGUGAACAAAAUUAUUUCUCUGAUACAUUCUGUUUUCACCCCCUUAUUCAACCCAAUAAUAUACAGUCUAAGAAAUCAGGAUAUCAGGGUCGCCCUAAGAAAAAUUGGUGCCGGAAAAAGACACCAUCAAGAUCAUAGAAAAUAA